AUGGCUAGGCACGCAGUAGAGAAGACCACACCGGAAGCGCCCUUAGAUGAGCAACUGAUUCAGCCUCAAUUGAAUCUGUCGGCGGACCUCGAAGGACAGGCUGCGCCAGCUGAAGAACAGGAUGUUUUUGGUAACGAGGAAGGCGCUGAGAUACAGUACAAGACGUGCAAGUGGUGGAAUGUCGGCACUCGCGUCCUCGCCCUUCCUCAAGCGCUUGCGAUCCUCGGCCUCGUCCCCGGUCUCCUCUGCAUAUGCUUCCUAGGCAUCAUCGCUACAUACACUGGAUAUUUGAUCGGCGAGUUCAAGCUGGCUCAUCCGUCUGUAGCGAACUACGCGGAUUGCGGCAUGCUUAUGAGCGGGCCAGUGCUUCGCGAGGUGCUUGCUGUCGGACAACUACUAGUCUUGAUCUUCAUCAUGGGGGCGCACAUCUUGACCUUUGCGGUCGCGAUGAAUGCGAUGACUGACCACGGCACUUGCACUAUCGUCUUCACUGUCGUCGGACUGAUCAUUUCCUUCCUGCUAGGGUUGCCCAGAACGUUCAAGAACAUCAGCUACUUUAGCUACUUUUCUUGCGGUUCCAUCAUUGUGGCAGUUACGGUAACCAUGAUCGCGAUUAGUAUCCAGAAGCCAGACAUGGGCAACAUCGUUGCUGUGCGACCAGAUGUACCACUCGUCAAGGGACUCGCACCCGUGAUGAACAUCGUCCUAGCUUACACUGGACACGUCGCCUUCUUCUCGUUCCAAUCCGAACUCGAAGACCCUCGCGACUUCCGCAAAGCCCUCAUCUUCGAGCAGGGUAUCGCAGUCACGUUUUAUAUGCUCAUAUCUGUCAUAAUAUACUACUACGCCGGGCCUCUUGUAGCCUCACCCGCUCUUGGUUCCGCGUCCCCACUCGUCAGCAAGAUCUGUUUUGGUAUCGCGCUGCCUACAAUCAUCGUCGCAGGUGUAGUCAAUGGCUCUGUAGCCACCAAAUACAUCUACUUUCGCGUAUGGAAGGGGACAAACGUAGCAUCUACCAACAGCUGGAAGAGCUUGGGAAGUUGGGGCGCGAUAUGUACAGGCGCGUGGCUGGUAAGCUGGAUCUUGGCUGAAGCUGUGCCGAACUUUAAUUUGUUGUUGGGAUUGAUAGGAGCUCUCUUUGGAAGCUGGUUUAGCUAUGCGCUUCCUCCACUGAUGUGGCUGUGGCACAAUAAGAAGAACGGUAGGCUGUUCUCGUCGACUUCGCAAACGGCUUUUACCAUUCUGAAUAUCUCUAUUGUCAUUCUAGGAAUGCUCAUUUUUGGGCUUGGGAUGUGGUCGUCUGGAUGGGCGUUGAACCGCGGGUCUGGCGGCAAGGUAUUCUCUUGCGAGAACAACUGGCACCCCGUGAGCUGGGUUUCAGGAGGUACCAAAGAUGCAUAG